UGGGUAGCUAGUUUUUCUGGUUCUUUUGUGGAACUUUUAGCCGGUGGUGACCAGCAUUUUGGAUCUUCGUUCUCGUUCUGGAGCAUUCUUUAGAAAUUUGAUCGUUCAGAGGGUCCCUUUUUGGUUCUUUUCCUGUUGUUUUAGUAAGCUAAGAAGACGGUGAAAAUUUUCCGGUUGUUUUGCUCAAAGGUGGUUUCUUCUGUGAGUUACUGCUUUCGCCCUCUGAUACGGUGCUGCUUAGGUCAAGAUCUAGUUCGGUUUGUUGCAUGGACAGAGUUGCCUUCCUUUUCAAGCAAAGAAACCGGAAGCCUCAAUUUCUUUCCUGCAAGAGCUUUGCAGGAAUCACCUGCCGAUGUCGGUGAUUCCAAGAAUGAGGUCAUGCUGAGGUUUAGCUCCAGCCUUCCCUUCUCAGGCUGAACAAGAACCUUCUCCUCACGCUUCUCUGUUUGUUCAGCAUCUCACCCUCCCUCACUUUCUGAGUCUAAUUCUGGAAAAAGGAAAAGCUAUGAAACUCUGUAGGCUGUAACGGCCAAUUGCGCAUCGAUCCUGUCAAUAACUUACUCUGUUAAUGUAGCGGGUAAACUUUCGGUCUCCCAUCUUCUACUAGUGCCAUUUCGCCUGCUUUCUGUCUUCGUUUGCUUCUCUCGUUUCUUUUGAUUCAAUUUGAUGCCAUGAAAUUAGUAGGUAACAAACAGUAUUGGUUGUUACAACAAACGAGUCCCCCACCUUACCUCUGGUUCACAUUUCUACAUCCCGUCUCCUCACUCGUCCUAACUGGGGAAAGAUCAACAGUACAUGUAUAGCUGUUCUCUGUGCGUUAACUCCAUGAUGGUACCAACGACCUCUGAGUCCCAUCAAAAACACUCUGUGGCGGAACUGUCCGUCGAUUGGCGCAUUAACAGUCAUUCUUUCGAGUUAGUCUCCAGAAAUUCUCUAUAAUAACAGACUGUGACCAUGGCGGGGCUACAAAAACGGGAAUUCAGAGGAGAAAAUAUUGACGGGAGACAGAGGCCCCUGAUGCUUAAAGAUUUCUUGAAUAAUACGAAUUCGCUGCACGUCUCAAAGAAAAGAAGACGCCACCGUCGAAGUUCCAGUGAAUCCCCUACCACCAUGGGAUCCCCUCUGGAAAUGGAAUCAGAAAGGAAUAAAAGGAUCCUCCAAGGCAGCGGUAUCGUCUCUAAGCAAGCUACGACGACCCCUUCUGCCUUACGAAAGGCUUCGGAGGUCUUAGUCAAGAUUCUUCCCUGCUCAAUCUGCACUCCAUCUCAACACGCACAUGGUACCACCAUUCUCCGGGGGCAAAGUAUGGCUCCCAUGAGGGAAUGUCAUUCCCUGAAGGGAAGCUUCUCGCGAAGACUUUCUGCGGUCAUGAGAAGCCUCUCUCAUCGUAGCCACCACAACAAAAGGGAAGCUGAAAUUCAGGUUAGAGUUCGAGAUAUCAUGCGGUGGACAUCGUCCGGGGACGAAGAAAUAAUGCACAAUGAGUACUGUAACUCUAAAGCCCUGUCUCAGAACGAAGCGCAUUUACAGAUCCCUGAUAGAACCUUGGAUUCUUUCUCAUCUUCACGUACAAGUAGUUGUACGUGGUCGGAAUGCGGGCAAGAGAGCGACGGUGCAUCAAAUUUGCAUUCUUCCAGCGACAGUUCAGUGUGCUCUGGUGGGGCUGAUGGGUUGAAGGACGAGAUGCAUUUACUGAAUUACCACAGUAAGAAAGAAGACAGAGUUGCUACGGAGGAGGGUUUUAAGUUGGAAUGCUUCGAGCGACCAAAAGCCGACAUCCCAAUUGAAUCACUUGGGUUUAACCCUGCGGUUGGGAUGCCGAUGUCGGGAGGAGGAUUGGAUUCCCUCGACAGAGCAGAUACCCACUGCUGUGACGGGCAGGAGGGUGGCAGCUCUGGUGGUAACGAGACCUGCGCAGACUUUGACGGAGCUGAUGUCCAACAGCACAAGCGUGCGGGUCAUGGAUGCAAUGAAUGUGAUGUCGAAAGGUUUCACGAGAAGGAACAAUUUAGCCCACUUUCCGUUUUGGACUUCCCUUUUGAAGAUGAAGCCACGGCAACUUUUGUGGAGAGCAUUCCAAACAUACGAAGGAUCAAACAGCAGCUACUACAGAAUUGCCAGAAUGAAACUGUUGCCGAACUUGAUCCUGUUGACCUCAAUAAAUGCUUUGAGUCAUUCAUAUUUGAGUUUCCAGUUGAAGAUUCUGAGGAUUUUGCAGAGCAUUAUGACGGUAAUAGUGGAGAUUACCUGGAUAGUGUAGUAGAGAUAGAGGAUGUAGAGGAAUGCAUAAUGGAGGUACUGAAUCAGUACAUGAAUGCAACACAAAAGAGACGGUGGGGAUCCUUUGGAUCACUGGUUAUUGAUGUCUUUAAAGAAGAAUCAAGCUUUGGAAGUCAACUGAAUGCAGAUCAGUUAGUGAAAGCUGUUACUGGACGAAUAAAAGAAUGGCUUGUCAAGGGCAAUGAAAUGGAUGAAAACAGGGAAGUUCCUCUGAAGGAAAUGGAUAUCAACCAAUACUGGAAGGGUUUUGGGAUUGAUGAUGAGAUGGCCGCAGAAAUGGAGGUUGCUGUUUUCCGCUUUUUGGUUGAUGAGCUGUUGUUUGACAUCAUGGAUUCCAAAGCAUUCGCUUCUGGAAGAAUCUGAACAAUCAGAUGUUUCAUCCAGAGUUUCACUGCCUUGACUACAUCUCUGAUUACAUGCUAUAAUGUUCAUGUGCGGCACUUUUACAUCCCUUCCUCAAGAAAUGCUCUGCUUUCUUAGAGCAGCAUAUAUGUUCAUGUUGCAGUCUCAUUCCCAAGAGUUGUAUAUAGUUGGGGACCUCAUUUAUGAGGUACAAUUUUCCCCUUCCAUCGUUAAUAAAUUUACACUCUCUUCCAGUA